GCGCCACCAUCUUCUCCGGUGGGCCAGCAGAGGGCGCCACCAUCGUCUCCGGUGGGUCCUCCCAUGCCGGCGGUCGAGCCGCCUCGCCAAUUGCGGCUGCGUUCAACUCGCCGUCCCCACCUAACUCUUCCCCGCUGGUUGCGGGGACACUUGGCCUGGUGGCCCACCUCCUUGUCCUCCCUCCACCCUCCCGUGACUUUGGACUGUUUUUUGGGGGGGGUUCCUAGAACGUCUGGUAUCCGUUAUAGGAAGGGGGGCUACUGUCAGGCUUGUCCCUGACAGUUUGGUCAAGUUUUAGUUUUUCCUCUGUCAUUUCCUGUCAACGCUCUUAUUUUGGUUCUGUUUCCUGUUUCUCCCUGAGUGCUGUGUCCCUUCAGCUGUGGCUGAUUGGCACCUGGCCACACCUGGUGUCAAUCAGCCAGCUGCUAUUUAUACCUGCCCUACCCUCCAGUCACUGCUGGAUCAUUGUCACUACUACCUGUCUUAACACGUGUCGUUGUAGCUCUGACUACUUUUGUUUCACUCUGCUCAUGUCCUAGUUCCUUCGUGUCACAGUGAUGGCAGUGCAGACUGAGCUUCACCAUGACGACCAACUGUUCCUGAUGAUGAUCAUCUACCUUGUGCUCACCUGAGUUUUCACCCUGUGCUGCCCCUCCCUCCCUUCUUCUUCCUGUCCUUGUUCAUUUCCUGCCACCCCCUCCAUCUUGCUCCACCCCAUCACUGCUCCCAUCCCGUUUACCCUGUUCGGACGCUCACUUUCUCUCCAUUUGAACUUAUUUAUUAUGGCAUGUUGGGGGCGCUCUCUGGACUCACCGUGCACAUUGGCUUUGCUGGUGGGCUUCCAGUUUGCCUUUGUGCUCUACUUCUCCCUCGGGGGCUUCAAAGGCUUGGUAUCUGUGCUAGUUCACACCACAGAGUCUGAGUUUGAUUACUCACGUCCUCACGACGUCUACACCAACCUCAGUUAUCUGAGAGCGCCACCUCCCUGGCCUCUGAACUCUGGCACUGGACCCCCUGCAACGGGACCGCCGCUACCAGAUUGUCAAGUUAUCUCUCCACUGCUGGUCGGGCCUGUCUCCGUACAUUUUUCCUCGCCUCUGACGCUAGAGGAGAUCAGACAGAAGAACCCAUUGGUGCUGCCAGGCGGACGCUACGGUCCACCGGACUGUGAACCUCGACACCACACUGCCAUUGUGGUACCAUACCGGAACCGGCAGACUCAUCUCCGUGCCCUCCUCUACCACCUUCAUCCUUUCUUGCAGAGGCAACAGAUCCACUACAGCAUCUACAUAGUGCAGCAGUGGGGGAACAGCACUUUCAACCGAGCCAAGCUGCUGAAUGUCGGGGUGCGGGAAGCCCUCCGAGAUGAAGACUGGAGCUGCAUCUUCCUCCAUGAUGUUGACCUGCUGCCUGAGAACGACCACAACACCUACACCUGCCACAAGCAGUUUCCCACACACCUGUCUGUGGCCAUGGACAAGUUCAGAUACAGGCUUCCCUACCCACAAUAUUUUGGUGGGGUGUCUGCAGUGACCCCAGACCAGUAUAUGAAAAUGAAUGGCUUCCCUAACCAGUACUGGGGAUGGGGGGGAGAGGACGAUGAUAUCGCUGCAAGAGUGCGUCUGUCUGGCAUGAAGAUUGUGCGCCCCCCAGUGGCCAUCGGCCAUUACAAAAUGAUCAAGCACAGAGGAGACAGAGGCAAUGAGCAAAACCCACACAGAUUUGACCUUCUGAAAAGGACCAGACUUAACUGGCGCUCCGAUGGCCUCAACUCUUUGACUUAUGAGCUCCUUUCCAAAGAGCUGGAGCCACUCUACACAAACCUCACUGUCAACAUCGGAGAAGACUCUCAUCAACAUCGGGGGAAAAAUACCAACUCUGUGCAAAAAGGUAGUGCCUCCAAGACCGUAGCCAAGGACAACCAGGAGAUAGAAACAGCAGCGAGCAAAGAGUCCACAGUGGUAAAAAGUAGCGCCUCCAAGACCAGACCCAAGGACAAUCAGGAGACAAAAACAUUAGUGAGCAAAGAGUCUGUGGUGGUAAAUGUCUCUGUGAGCAGACUCGAAGGCGUGAAGACAGAACCUAUUCGGACAAAGGCAGCUAAUGAAACGACACAAGAGAAAACAAAUGUGCAUACACCUCACCUGUAGCACUAAAGAGAUUCAAAGAUGGUGGACUUAGUGGUAAAGACAAGUUAUCUCAGCUCUGCAGUUUUCCAGGCAUUGAUAGGGAUCCAAGUGGUUUUCAGGAUGCUUUCUGAAAGUAGGUUGGGAAAAUUAAGAGAAUGACUGCAUUGUGCAGCAUGCUCUGGAAGAAACUAUAGUGCCUUGUCUCUUUUAAAGCGCUUUUAUAAACUGGUACCAACCUGAGAUUCCUUUUGACUUCUCCUGCCUUGUGGCAACUGUUAGAAAGCAGGGAGGUGUUGACUUGAACAAUUUGUUCCAGAAUUGCUGUUUUUAUAUCGGUGUGCAUUAAGGUCACUAGAGAUUAUAUUUAUAUAGAGAAAUGUCUUUAUUUGUUUACUACUUUUUGGUUUAGUCUGGUGCCUCUUUUUCAAUUUUAGUUUCUAGACAAUCAAACCAUAGGGGAACAGAACUUUAUUAUUCAUUACUAGUGAGGUAAUAUAACAUCUAUCUGAAUGUCUGUCAGAUAAUCCUACACUCAGCAUGAUGCAGUAUGUGUUAUUGAGUAUACUCACGUUACAUGGGCAGAGCAAUGCUUCUUUAUAUUACCUGUGGUGUUAUUGACUUUUGGGGGUAUGCCAGAUAAUAUCUAAGGCUCAUAACUACCGCCCAUACCUAAUAUCUAGAGUCAGAAUGUUGCUAUAGUGAUAAUAAAGCACUGUGUAUAGAUUUAAAGCAUAUUCACAAAAGGCAUCUCAGUAUAUUCUUAUCCAGAAGCCUCUUAUGUAUGAAUGAACGUCUUUUUGUCUUCAUUCAUUCGUCGUGACGAGAAGUAAACAACCCAUUUAGAAAGAUAAUGUAACCACUUUACCGUACUCAGCGGACAGAUAUGUUAUUUAUUUUAUAACACAGCCAUUUUGAAUGUAUCUUUGCAGAAGGGGAUGUAUUUGUGUUUGAAUGAUGUGAAUGUUAGCUUGCUGGAUGUAUUCCUGCUGGUGAUCAAGGGCCUGACUAACUAGAGGUUUGCUUAUGUAUUAAAACAUGUGCAAACUUAAUAGACCAAAGUUGUUUUUUAAACUUUAUUUCAAUGAAGUGCAUUUUUACAGAAGUGAGGGGAAUCUUAUAACAACACAUAGAACAUAAGGUAAGGAUGUGCGGUGUAUAUCAACGAGCAUCUGACCAAGAAAACAUUGGACAUAGCAUGGGAAGCACUCCAUGAGAGAACUCCAUGGACAAGAAACUUCAAGGUUUUUAUACAACUGAAUGGCUCUUCACCGGAGCAAGCAAAAGUGAAACUGUUAAGCAGACCCAGCUGAAGAAAAAUAUUUAAGGGGGGCAUUCAUUUUCUUCAGGGGGGCCCCCAGACAAAAAAUGAUUCCCGCCGUGGGAGUGCGCACGCUUGUAAAAGCUGCAAUGCUAGGGCUUUGUUUGUUCACAACUAAUUACUACAUGUAAAGUCACCCCCUGGUGGUGAGUAGGCUCCGAUGGUGGAGGAGGAUGCCAGUCAGACCUGAAAGGCCCAAGCUCAUUGUGACAGUUUGCUGGGAACGUCUCACAGUCUCCCGCCAGAGAGAGUUUCAAUUCCUACCUCCAGAGGAACUUUGAACAUGUUACGAGGGAGGUACUGGACAUUUGGGUCCGAGUGGACUAUGUUCCAUGCCUUUAUUGGUUUGAGCCUGUUGUGGCGGCAAUCCCAGAAUGGUGAGAGAUGCCGUCAAGCUGAGAGGAGUCCGAUCGGAUCCUUUUGGCUCGUGGAACUCCUGAGGCAGCAGACAGUUACUGACUGACUGAUCGGUGUGCGGCUUAGGCGGUCGCAGAGGCAAAAACUCGGACAUGGGAGGAGUUUAGGGAAGCCAUGAAAAUGACUUCCGGAUGGUUUCGCAGCGGUUUUGGACCACCAUCCGUUGCCUCAGGACCUCAACACUGUGUACAGUGGGGAUGGUGUGCUGCUGACCUCGACUCGGGAUGUUGUGGAUCAGUGGAGGAAAUUCUUCGACGACCUCCUCAAUCCUACCUACACGUCUUCCUAUGAAAAAGUAGUGCCUGGGGAAUCUGUGGUUGACUCUCCUUUUUCUGGGGCUGAGGUUGCCGAGGUAGUUAAAAAGCUCCUCGGUGGCAGGGCCCCAGGGGUGGAUGAGAGUUACGCCCGGAGUUACUUAAGGCUUUAAAUGCUGUGGGGCUGUCGCGGUUGACAAGACUCUGCAGCAUUGUGUGGACAUCGGGGGCUGUGAGUCUGGAUUGGCCGACUGGGGUGGUGGUUCCUCUCUUUAAGAAGGGGAACCGGAGUGUUUGUUCCAUCUAUCGUGGGACCACGCUCCUCAGCCUUCCCGGUAAGGUCUAUUCAGGUGUACUGGAGAGGAGGCUACGCCGAAUAGUCGAACCUUGGAUUCACGAGGAGCAGUGUGGUUUUCGUCUCGGUCGUGGAACUGUGGACCAGCUCUGUACUCUUGGCAGGAUCCUUGAGGGUGCAUUGGAGUUUGCCCAACCAGUCUACAUGUGCUUUGUGGAGUUGGAGAAGACAUCCGACCAUGUCCCAUUUCUAUGGUAUUAAUUGGGACUGUUGUAGAUCUAAUGUUGAUGUGCUAAAACCUAUUUCUUGUUAAAAAGCUGCAUACGUUAACUGUUCUUUGUUCAUGCACGUAAUAAAUAUUAAUAAAGUGUUUGGAUGUAUUCAUUCAUUGUUGGUUGCCAAAAAGGGAUUGAACGUAAUAUUUUGAUAAUGACUCAUCUCAUCUGCGCAUACAUUACUAGAAUAACGUUAAGAGAUGCACGGAUGAGAUGUGUCAAUAUCAAAAUGAUAUUUUGAAUCACUAAGAUGUGGUUUGGGGAUAAUUUCAGCUUUUUAAUGGGUACUUCAACACGUAAACAGUACAGUAUGUACUUCAUUAUCAUAUAUGUAACUCUCUUGAAUGAAUACAUCCAAACACUUGAUUAAUAUGUAUUAUGUGCAUGAACAAAGAUAAGUUAUUUUUGUAUGUAGCUUCCAAACAAGAAAGAGAUUUUAGCACAUCAACAUCAGAUCAAUAACAGUCAUUUACACUCUCAUUAAUACCAUAGAAAUGGCGAACGCUGUCAUUAAACGGACAUGAUAAAGACUUAAAUAAUUUCAAACACGUAUCCUUACGAUAACCACAAGUAUAAGUGUUUGUCGUAUAUGUAGUAAUCAGUUAUGGACAGACAAAGCCCGAAAGCAGUACGCACUCCCAGCAACACCGAUAGCGGCAAAUGAUAAAAUUAACAUACAGUUGUGUCGAUGUCACGAUCGGUGACUUGCCUGCUGAUGGCACAUAACAGUAAAAAUUACAUGUAUCCUGUUCACUUUCUUACAGGUCUACACAAAUUACGAUGUGGAACAUGUUAAAUCCACACAUUUUGGUUUUGUUGGUGACUUCCUUAUCUCACAAGAAAAAGCAUCUGAUUGGCUCUCAUUCAUAACUAACCUCCAUCUCUCUUUUAAUGUACGCCAUUGAAAAAACUGUGAUUGGAUAUAUUCCGAACUUGUACCACACAUCGACAAGAUUAAUUUAAAUAUGAUUCACUUUUGUUUCUGUCAACAUUAUCAUCUCGUAUUUAUACUUUAACUAACAUGUCAGUUAAUGUUGCCAUCGUCUUAGUCAACAUGCCUUUGUUUUGUUUAUGAUCUUCUCUUUUACCUGAUCCGAUGUAAAAAAACAAAACCCAAUUGAAAUAAACAGCUUCCAGCCUCGGCCCGCCCAUCACGCCGGAACUGCUGGUAAAGAGAACUUGGAGACUUUGAUCAGUCCAGAUAAUAUUGAUUGUUCCAUUUUGAUUUGGACAGCUACAAUUAAAUUUUUGUCGAGCUUAUUUUUUGAUUGUUCCAUUUUGACAGUGACAGUGAGAUUUUUGAUGAGCUUAUUUUUGAAUUGCUCAGACAUUUUUUGUUGUUUUUCUUAUUUUUAUGACUUUGGAUCGUAAGACAUAUGCUGAACACUAAGGACAAACAGUGGCCCUGUACCACAUAUAAACUUUUUUUCUUUUGGACUUGGGAAGCAGUGUGAUUAGGACAUAGAUGAUAGAGUGAAAGUCUUGUUUGUACCGUUUGUACAAAGAAAGAAGAAAAAAAAAAAAAGUAGAAUGGCAAAUGAAAAUGGAUUAAAAAAUAUCCUUACUAAUGUUGGUGAUAAUGAAUUACAAUGUAGAAGUAUUAAGAAUAAUAAUAGUAGUGAACUGCACAUUAAUUAUAAUCCCACCCAAUUAAACUUGUAUGACAAAAUCAAUUACAACUGCAAUGUAAUUGACAGAGGUGGGACCAAGUCAUUGUUUUGCAAGUCACAAGUAAGUCUCAAGUCUUUGCCCUCAAGUCCGAGUCAAGUCCCGAGUCAAGACAGGCAAGCCCCGAGUCAAGUCCAAAGUCAAGACUGGAAAGUCUCAAGUCUAGUCCUAAGUCCUGCAUUUUGAGUUUCGAGUCCUUUCAAGUCCUUUUAACCACAGACUAAUAUAUUAACACAGAUUGUGUAUGCUUUUCAAACGUUGUAAUUUAUUUAUUAAAACAAGUGCAUUUUAAAUUGCAGGAAAGAAAAUUGUGCUGACAUUACACUUUAUAAUAGCACUAUUAACCAGUCAUUUUAAACAUUAACUCAUUCCUUUACAGAACAAACACAUUGAAAAAUAAAGUGCAAAUGUACUUAUUUGUACAAAAGUGUUAACAUUGAAAAAACAUGACAUAUACGUGAACAUAACAAAAAAGUUGUACUUAUUAUAUGUCAGGGCCCUAUGCUGCAUUGCAUUUGCAAAAGACCAAAUUAGCCAAGAGUCUGUCAGUCAUUUGUGCACGAUGGGGGCGUAGUAUGAUGCCACCAUGGCUGAAAACUCGCUCCACUGGAGCACUGGAGGCAGGCACUGCCAAGACUCUCAUGGCCACUCGGAACAGUGAAGGAAGAGUCUUCAUGUUCAAUGCCCAGAACAA